UUCUGUUUGAUGACUCCGUUUUUUGAUUCCCCUUAUCGGUGAUCAGUUCUGUUUAGAUUUGCUUCUGAUUUCGUUGCUCUUACGGAGAAUCAACACUGUUUCUAAGCAUUCGUGGCGGAUUCAUGGUGGGUUGUAACAUGUGGUUUCCAAUGAGAACGGGUUUGUUUCCUGAUUUGGGGAUUUAGAAGCGGAUUAGGGUUUUCCACUCUUCAGAUUCUUGUUUGUUCUUUGAUCUAUCGGCAGCUUGAUUUCGUUCACUGAAAUUCCAUAUUUUGAAAACCUUUCUCCGAUGGCCAGUCCAAAGCUUGGAUUCGGCCUGCUUUUAUCGCUCGUCCUGAUCAUAAAUCUGAGAAAGUCUGAUUGUGCAUUCAAUCCUACUGAUAAUUACUUGAUAAAUUGUGGUUCCUUGAUCGAUACAGACGUCGAUGGAAGGGUUUUUGUUGCUGAUAACGGCAGCUCUUGGACCCUCACCGCACCUAAAGAUGCCGUCGCCAACCUCACCAAUUCCAAAUCAGUCUCAUCAUUAACUGGCUCAUCUCUAUACCUUGACGCUAGGGUUUUCACUGAAUCCUCCUCCUAUUCCUUUCCCAUCAAGCAGCAAGGAAGACACUUUAUCCGUCUCUAUUUCUUCCCCUUCGAUAACCAACAAUUCAAGCUCACCACCGCUCAAUUCUCGGUCUCAACCCAAGACAACACUCUUCUUUCCAAUUUUAAGCCGCAGCCCGAUUCUUCCACCGCAUUCAAGGAAUUCUCAGCAAAUAUCAAUCACGACAAUCUGAUCCUCAGCUUUAUUCCCGGAAACAACUCUGUUGCGUUUGUGAACGCACUGGAAGUUAUUUCCGUCCCCAACAAUCUUAUUCUGGACUCCGCAAAGAAUGUUAAUUCUCAGCAGAAUUAUCAAGGUUUGUCGAAUCAGGUACUGGAGACAGUUUAUCGGCUGAAUAUGGGAGGCCCAAAUCUCUCACCCGGCGACGACGAUCUAUGGAGAACUUGGGGUACAGACGGUGGCUUUCUACUCGACCCCGAUCUAGCUAAAAACGUUUCUUAUACUGGUGCUAUCAGCUAUAUCGAUGGGGUUACCAGCCCUGAGAUUGCUCCUCGGAGCGUCUACAGCACAGCUACCGAGUUGGCUUCGCAGAGUUCAACCUUGAGUGCCCGUUUCAAUGUCACCUGGAAGCUUAAUGUCGAUAAUGGCUUUAGCUACUUGGUGAGGAUGCACUUCUGUGAUAUAGUGAGUAAGGCGCUCAACAAUCUAUAUUUUAAGGCUUAUCUCAACAGCCUUUCAGCGAGUAAUUAUGUUGAUCUAUCUAGUUUGUCGGCUAAUGCGUUGCACACGGCUGUAUUUUUGGAUUUCAUUGUCGAAGUUCCGUCUGGUUCGAGCAACCUUGCUGUCAGUAUCGGUCCCUCUGAUACUGAUGGUGUUGUGCCAGAUGGAAUCCUGAAUGGGCUUGAGGUUAUGAAGAUGAGCAGUUCCGGUCCAGGAGCUGUGAUUGAUCCUGUUAAAAAAAAGGGUAAAAUUGGUGCCAUAGUUGGUGCUGUUUUGGGGAUACUAGCUCUGUUGAUUCUAGCUGCUGUUGUUUUCUGCUGUAUCAGAAGAAGGAAGAAGGCAAAGAAGCAGCAAUCCAAGACUUGGCUCCCAUUCUCAAUCAAUGGAGGUACUUCGCAAAGUUUGGCUAGCAGAACUUCGAAUAUAACGACGGCUACUUCUGGUAAGAAUGGAAAUCUGGGCUACAGAUUCUCCUUUGUUGUGCUGCAAGAGGCCACCAACAACUUUGAUGAGAAUUGGGUGAUUGGUGUUGGGGGAUUCGGUAAGGUCUACAAGGGAACGCUGAGAGACGAAACAAAGGUAGCUGUCAAGCGCGGCAAUCCGAAAUCCCAGCAAGGUCUCAAUGAAUUUCACACCGAAAUUGAAUUGCUUUCGCGGCUUCGUCAUCGUCAUCUUGUGUCUCUUAUCGGAUACUGCGACGAGCGAAACGAAAUGAUUCUUGUAUAUGAGUACAUGGAGAAGGGAACUCUGAAGAGUCAUCUCUAUGGUUCGGAUCUUCCUAACCUCAACUGGGAGCAGCGACUCGAAAUCUGCAUUGGGUCCGCACGAGGGCUUCACUAUCUUCAUACUGGUUCUGCAAAGGCAAUCAUUCACCGCGACGUCAAGUCUGCAAAUAUCCUUCUGGAUGAGAAUCUCAUGGCGAAGGUUGCCGAUUUUGGUCUUUCAAAGACGGGUCCUGAGUUGGAUCAGACUCAUGUGAGCACCGCCGUUAAAGGAAGCUUUGGGUAUCUUGAUCCCGAAUACUUCCGCAGGCAGCAACUUACCGAAAAGUCCGAUGUUUAUUCUUUUGGAGUGGUUCUGCUUGAGGUUCUAUGUGCUAGACCAGUGAUUGAUCCCACCCUUCCUAGAGAAAUGGUGAACUUGGCUGAGUGGGGCAUGAAAUGGCAGAAGAGAGGAGAUCUGGGUCAGAUCAUUGAUGCUCGUAUUGCGGGAACGAUAAAGCCCGAUUCGCUGCGGAAGUUCGCAGAGACAGUCGAGAAAUGCCUUGCAGACUUUGGCGUGGAGCGGCCGACGAUGGGCGAUGUGCUGUGGAACUUGGAGUAUGCUUUGCAGCUCCAGGAAGCAGAAUCUCCUGAUUCUGAGGUGAACAGCAUCAACAGGAUUGUGGAGCUUUCUUCACAGGUUCAGAAUAUGAAUAAUCCUGGAAGUGUGGCUGAGGGUGGAAUGGUUAACAAUAGCUUGAAUGAUCUUUCUGAUGUCUCAAUGAGCAGAGUUUUCUCUCAGUUGAUAAAGUCUGAGGGCAGGUAAGGUAAGAGUUUUCUGUGAUAUAUUUAGCUGAACAUCUUGGGAGUUUGCUUGCUGUAAGUAUAGUUGAGCAUGGAUGAGGAAGCUAGCUAUCGGAGCAUGUGAUACUCUGUUUUAAUAAGUGCAUCUUUGUUACUUUUCUCUUAAUUUUUUUUAUUGGGUUAUUAAAGCAUGUAGAAGUUUGCUCAAACUUGGAAGGGAUGGAAAGGAAAUACUGCAUUUUCUUGGAACAAUUUUCAGGUGGAUUUGCGAGGCUAGCUAUAGUCUGCUUUAUGUUUUUCUUUGUAAUAUUAUAUUCAUGUGGCAUUUUUCAUACAUUCCAUGCAAUUUUUAUGUAUUUACAUGUCUAACUAGUCAUUCACAUGUACAUAACAUAUCACUC